UCUAUGAAUAUAUUAGCAAAGUAUCGCGGCGAAAACGGUGCCAAACCGGGCCUUUUGCACGUUGCUUCUACACAUUCCUUUGUAAUCCAGAUGAUAGAAUGGGGAGCCCACCAACCACGGCGGCGGGUCCUCGGCAGGCCUCUCGGCUAAAAGCAAGUGCAGCUCAAGGCAAACGCAAACGGCCCCGUCCUGUCCACCCUGCUGGAGGGCGACCGCUUCCACCAGACGCAGCAGGCGUGGGCGGCACUCCAUACUACCCAUCCUGCCCCAUACUCGACACGGCUCAGUGGGGACGUGACGUGAACUCCGCAACCAACAUCCGGCACGCGCUGGCGGAGAUGCUGCUGGGGCACAAGCGACCUGAAUCGCUGCAGACUGGCGGCGGCGGCAGCGGUGGCGGCGGCGGUGGCGGCAGCGGCUGCGGCGGUGGCGGUGGCGGCGGUGGCGGUGGCGGCGGCUGCGGCGGCGGCGGCGGCGGCUGCAGCGGCGGCAGCGGCGGCGGCGGCAGCAGCUGGGGCGCGUGCGCGCAUCUUGGUAGCGGAGGGGGCGGGAAAGGCCACGUGGAGGAGGAGGAGAGCGCAGCGCCGCCCAAGAAGCGGCGCAAGCGCGCAGGCUGAGGAGCCGGCUGGUGUCUAUGUAGCGGUUCGCGGUGGGGCUGGCAGGGCAUGCGCAGCGGCACGACAAGUAGUGCGGCUGUUGACAACUGUGCUGCGUCUGGCUGCGGUGGGCUCUGCUGUGGCAUCGCGAUUGCUAGGAACCUGGUUUGGCAAUGUGCCUGUACGAACCGACCCCGGCGACGUCCGGGCGAUGAGGUUGUUCGGCCUCAGACUGUGGAGAGGCUCAGCCCCUUUUCCCGUGACCUGGGAACACUUGUCGCUCAUUGUGAUUUCGCAGUUCCUCGAGUGUACGCUGGCACCCCAUCAUAUGUGCCCUCUCGCCUAUCCAUGCCUGCGCCAAUGUGCAAGCUGCCAGCGCAGCCUUAGAGCAGCACAGGCUGCCCUAAGGCUCUCGUUGACGGCUCUCUUUCAAUUAUGUAGGUGCAGGGCCUCCACUGCUACCGCGACGCACCCUGUUCUUGCUUUCUGACUGGCAGCCCCCUGUAAGUAGCCUGGCGC